UCAAGUGAAUUUUAAACAGACAAAUUAAGAGAUACAAUUGGGUUUCCCCUCUAGAGUUUACACAUGAAGAGCUUUACUCUUCGAAGGGAGUGGGGCAUAGGGAUGAUCACUUCGAAAGGGAACGCAGGGUAUGUAAACGUUUGCGCUUUUCGUACUUUCUGACACUAGUCAGCCACCGUGGAGAACAAACACGUGCUUAAUCUUAAAGAAUGCUCUACUAAGUAGGAUAAAAAAUAUAAACAAACAGAGAUCCAUGAUACUGCCAAGGUGAUGUUGGAGGUGUGUGUUUAAGUGAUGGCGUCACCGGAGUUGCGAUGUGUGUUUGAACUGUGUGUAGAUCAGAAUGUCAUAGCGGGGCUGAGAGAGGUGUCAGGACCGCUCGCUCAGCACGAACUUCCUCAGCCCUCAGUCAUUGAAGAUGGACUUUCAAGAAGGACUGGCUCGUCCGGUGAAGUUUCGGACAAGAUGUUCUGCUCGGCUUGUCAGUGUCCUUUCGAUAGUCGAGAAGAGCAGAUGGAGCACUACAAACUAGACUGGCAUCGGUUUAACCUGAGACAGCGUCUGGAAGGAAGAUCAGCUGUCACGGUGGAUGAGUUUGAGAAGAAAACUGGCACUGGAGAUAUAUCAAGCAUUUCAGGUUCAGAUUCAGAGAGUGAGAAUGAGAUUCUUGCAGAUGAUAUGACCUCUGAGGGAACAGCUGAGACUCUGGACACAGAUCAGUCCCUUUGUCGGUUGUCUUCUAAAGUAGCCUUUCAGAACUUGGAGGGACAGUACCUAACAUUGUAUCGCUGUGUUCUGCAGAGCAAGAGAGACAGUGAAGAAGAAUUGGUUUCAUCUUUACAAAAGAUAUCGCACAACACUGUUUGGGUCAUCUUGAUGACUGGUGGGGGACACUUUGCUGGAGCUGUUUUUAAGGGGAAAGAGAUUCUGCAGCAUAAGACGUUUCAUCGGUACACUGUGAGAGCAAAAAGAGGGACUGCGCAGGGACUGAGGGACUCUCAGAAUCGCAGUCACACACCCAAAUCUGCAGGGGCCGCCCUCCGGCGCUAUAACGAGGCUGCACUGGUGAAGGAUAUUCAUGAUCUACUGGAAAGCUGGGCUGAGUUUUUAGAGGAGGCAAGUGCCAUCUUUCUACGAGCGCCAAGUUACAACAAGACCAUAUUUUUUGGAGGUCGAGGAGCACCAAUGGACAAAACAGACCAGAGGGUCCGGAUACUUCCUUUCGCCACGCGCAGAGCCACGUUUAGUGAAAUAAAACGAGCCUUUGAUCUGCUCUCAACUCUACAUAUUUAUCAUAAAGACGCUGACAUGUCCAGUAUUCUCAGUUUGUCGAAGAAAGUGUGGAAGAGAAAAAAAACUAAACCUAUUAGUCAAACCAUGCCUGAGCCAAACACAAAUGUGCCUGUUAAAGCUGAAGAGGUAGAGGAAAGAAGUUCAGAUGAGGAAGACUCAGGAGUGUUGGAGACAGUGGAGGUGACGCUGGGAACCCUGGACCUCCGAGAAUACGAAGUCCAGCCUAAUAAGAAGAAAAGAAAGAAAUGGAAAGAGAAAAGAGAAACCCCAAGCAGCAGAGAAAUAACAGAAGCAAAAGCUGAUGAUUUAACGGUGGAAGAUGCAGAACCCGAAGGUGAAAAUGAUCCUAAAGAGACACAGACGAGGUCGAAAACCAAAAGUAGACCUAAAGGCAAAAAACGUCAGCCUGAAGAAGAUGAAGUGGAUGACUCGUGGGAAUACAGUUUGAGGGAUGCGCUGUAUACAGCCUGUAAAACUGGGGAUAUCAAAACCUUGUGCACACUUAUGCAGCUUACAGAAAAUCAGGAGAAAGGAAUUGAGAGGGACACUCGAGAGAAAUCUACCUCAGACACCACCAAUGUUUCAUGCCUUCUCAACAAGCCCAUAGACUCAGCGGGCUUCACUCUACUACACGUGGCAUCUGCAGCUGCACAGAAAUCUGUCAUCAGACUGUUAUUGGAUGCAGGGAGUGAUCCAGCAAAAAAGGAUAAGAAAGGACAGACUCCAUAUGUCGUCGCUCCCGAAAAAGAUACCCGAAGCAUUUUCAGAAAAUACAUGGCUGAGCACCCUCAUAAGUAUGACUACACUAAAGCACAGGUUCCAGCACCACUGACUGAAGAAAUAGAAUCUAAAAAGGCUGAGAAGAAGAAAGCCCAAAAAGCAGCACGGAAACAAAAGGAGAAAGAACAGAAAGAAGAGAAACUUAAGAAACAGCAGGACGAGGAAGAAAAGAAAAGAUUCACAGCACUCAGUGACAGAGAGAAGCGAGCUCUGGCUGCAGAGAGGAGAUUAGCUCAACAUAUGGCCGGAACUGGAGAAAUUCUUACCAACAUCAGGAGGUGUUUUCAGUGUGGCGAGUCCUUGCUGGGGAAGAUUCCCUUCCAGUAUCUGGAAUAUUCGUUCUGCACACCUCGCUGUGUCCAAACCCACCGCAAAGCCAACGCUGCCGCCCGGCCCUAACCUCUCACCAUCUGUGAUCUGUGAACGAACUGACUUUUUUAUAAUCUAUAACAUCAUGACAGAAUGAAUGCCGGGAAUUGGAGCAGAGAAAGAUUAUUAAAAACAUCAUUACUAUUGAGAGCAAAAUGGACGACAGAUACAUUUGAAUUAAUGGUGUUGUGAGUCUAGUUCCUAUAAUUCACAUUAAAACAUUAAUCUCUAUGAAUUUUAUUUAUCUUAAUAAAAUGAAUGCUGAAGCACUGGAAAAAUUGAAAUCACAGUUUUGUUAAAUUAUGGGAGACAAAUAUCAGGUUGUUACGCUUUUUAUUUUUUUGUGGCUACAGCUUUUAUGGACUGUAUACAUGAUAUUUAAAACCUGUUUUGUCAGUAAUUGUUUCCAAACCAGCAAGAAUUUCGACAAAAGGAACAAGUAGCAAAGUUAACAAGAGAAAACAAAUCUUAAACCAACUUUGCAGUUGAUUUUUUCAAAAUAUCUUGCAUCAUGAUAUUGUGAUAUAAUUCAUCUUAUUUGAAGCAAAUUUCGGUCACACUAAAACAAGCUGCUUUUGUGUGAUUUCCUGAGCCAUCAACAGACCAGUAUACCGUGCUAAAUAUUGAGUCAUAUGACACAAACCACAGUGUUUUAUGAUGGCUUAUAAAGAGAACAUUUUAACCUUC